UUCACGGUCAGGUAUAAUAAUUAUCAAGUGACAUUUGGGAAAGUAACAUUUUCUGAAGAAGAAAUACAAGUUUACAAUGCAGAUUUGAAAAUUGAUAAACACAUUGAAAAUAAUAAUGCAAAUAAUUAUACACUAUUAAAUGAAUUGAAUUUAAGGAAUAGUUUAAAUUUUGAAAAUAGUGAAAGUGAUAAAAAAUUUCCUUGGUUUUUAAAUAUACCACUUUUACCGGUAAUAGUUGCAACUUCGAAUUCAAUUCCCGAAGGCGCUUGUAAAAGACAAUUACAAUUAUAUCUUGAUCAUUUAAAAAAUGGCACUUUAUGGGCGACUGAAAUGUUCGAUUCUUCAGCAAAAUAUCCUUAUGGAGUUUUUUAUGGUUUUACUCGUCAUUUGGGAAGUUUCGAUCAAUGCAAUGGAAUUCAAACAAAAGUAAUAAAUAAUAAAGAUGGAAAAAUUGAGGAAAUACGCAGUAGAUAUUGUUUAGUGGAUGUAAAAUUUAAAGAAAAAAAUGAACAAUCAGAGUUUAUUGAAGAAUAUAAAUUAUUUUUUAAUCCACAAGUUUCUGCAUGGGAAGCAAUCAGAGAAAAAGGCGAUUAUCGACGGUACCCAAGGUAUUUUUUGCAAAUGGCAUUGUGUUUUCCAGCAAAAUGUCAAACGGAGAACAUUGUUGCAGCGUUAAAAGAACCUUUGGAUGAAUUUGGCAUAGAAUAUAAUCUUCAAAUUGAAGCAUCAAUUUUACCUAUUUAUUGCUCUAGAGAAACACCAGAAUUUUCUAUUUACGAUAAAAUUUUCUGUUUUUUAUUCCUAUUAAUGUUAACAAUGGUCAUAAUCAGCACUGUUAUUGAUAUAAAUUUUGACCAAAACGAAAAUCUUUCUUUGCUUCUCUCCUUCUCUGCUCGUAAAAAUUUUAAUGAAAUUUUUAAAAUUAAUUAUGAACAUCGAGGAUUUAAUACUAUUCAUUUUAUUCGAGUUCUUUUAGCAGGACUUGUAGUUCUUGGUCACAGGCAUUUACAAUAUGUUUAUAUGGGAACUAUUUCUGGAUCAUAUUUUGAAUGGGUUUUGUCUGAGUACAUUUUUGGAUUACUACAAAAUGGUCCUUUGGUUAUAGAUGGAUUCUUCGCUUUGGGAGGAAUGUUAUUGUCCUAUUCUUUAUUGGGUUAUUGGAGUGAAACAAAAAAAUUUAAUUUCGUUUUUCUGGUUUUAAAACGUUUAUUGAGAUUAUUACCACUUUAUAUGUUUAUUACAUUUGCAUAUGCAACUGUACUUCAUCGAUUAGGUUCGGGACCAUUUUGGGAAUUAUUUAUGGGAUUAAGUCGAGAUACUUGUUCUUCUUAUUGGUGGACGAAUUUAUUUUUCAUUAAUAAUUAUUUUGGUGAUAACAAUAAGUGCGUGAUACAGUCUUGGUAUUUAUCUGUGGAUUUUCAAUGUUAUAUAAUUGGAUUAUUCUUAAUUAGAACGUUUCACAAAAUACCACGAAAAAUUGGUUAUUUAUUUUUAUGCUGUACCUUAAUUAUUUCGACUGCAAUUCCAUUUUACUACUCAUAUAAACAUGAUUUAGAAGCAUUUUAUAAAUCAGUUGCAACUCCAAGAAGAGUAGAAGAUAGUGAUUAUUUUCUUAAUUACUACGUAAAAACUCAUUUUCGCUUGGCUGCAUAUGUUAUUGGAAUAAUUUUCGGAGCUUUUAUUUAUGACUAUAAGAAAUUUACUUGGCGUCUUUCAGAGACAUGGUCAAAAAUUAUAUUUUUUAUCACAUUUGUGAUAAUUCUUAGUACAAUGUGGAUUGCGACAAUUUUUGUAAAUCCAAAUUUGAAAAUAUCUGCCUUUUAUAAAGCCUUAUAUUCAAGUCUCCAAAGACCAAUAUUUGCAAUUGGUGUAUGUCUCGUUCCACUUAUUUUUACAAUUGGUGAUGGCAUGGAUUUUUCCUACAAUAUUUUAACAGCAAAAUGGCUGCAACCUUUUUCUAGAAUCACUUACUCAAUUUAUCUUGUUCAUUUGGUAAUGCAUCAUUAUGAAUUUGGAACAGCAAGAACAUCACCUAUUUUCUCGUUCUACAAUUCAAUUAAAUAUUUUAUAGCUGAUAUUAUUUACUCAGCGUGCCUCGCAUUAUUCGUUGCAAUCGUUAUAGAGUUUCCAUUAAAAAAUUUUAUAAAUGUUUUAUUAAAGAAGAGGACAAAUCAUCUAAUGCAAACACCAUCAUCUGAUGAUAUUCAAAAAAAGACGAAAUAAUAUAAUAAUAUAUUAAUAUAUAUAUAUAUAUAUAUAUUAUUAUAUAGGUAUAAUAUAAUAAUAUAACAAAUAAAGCUAUAUUAUAUUAUUCAAAUUGAUUUCAUCAAAAUUUGUAAAAUUAAGUUGUACAAUUUAAAAAGAAUUUUGAGUCAAAAUUUGUUGUUAAAUAAUAAUUACCGCCAACCGGGGUAAUUAUAUAACCACAAAAACGCUAUUUUUUAUUGAACACG